CCGACGCUCAUGUCAAAGGAGCCUUGGAAAUCCGCUCUCUCCAACUCAGCUGCUGCCUCCAGACUCUCGACAGUAAAGACUUACGCGUCCCAACGCGACUUUCGAAGCCUUCAACGCGGUGUCAACACUGAUGGAUCUCGGCAGUCAUGGAAAGACUGGGCUGGACAAAAGAUUGCGUCAGCGACGGGAGGGAUUCGUGGGGGUGGGGUAAUUGCGAGCGAGCGGAUUGCUUUAUUUCCUGGGUAUGCAACUAGGAAAUAUAGGGCAGAUAAUAAGGAAGCAUUCGAUGUCGAGUUGUUUGUCUCGGGUUUCGCGUCCAGUCAUCGGGCACCAGAGCUAGCCAGUCGUUCUCAACGAGCGUUUAUUCGACUUGCCAAAGGUUUCGCUGCUCUCCCCAAACUCGAUGGUACCAGCGAGCUCACACAAUCAACGGAGAAUUUACUUUCCUCGGUGAAGCUUCCUCCAAGACCAUCUGAGAUGACCGAAGACCUGGAGGUAGAGGCACUAGAACGACAAUUACAGAAGAUCAAUCGGUCAGACGAAGACGCCGAACCACCUGAUUUCCCCUCCUCGCCGAUUUCAAGCCAUGGGUCGGUUUCCAAUGACCUGCGCCGUUGGCACAACAAUUUGGAAACCCGCAUAGAACCUUUCUGGUCAUCCGUCCUCUCUUCUCGCGCCGUCCGUUUCGAUCUCUUUGCAUCACCCCUCAAGACACCCGCUGAUAACCGACCAGCUCAUAAUAGACAAGAAGAGCAUGAUGCAUUGCAACACGGACCUAUUGCCGCUCGCGAAGUAAUCACAGGAGUUGAUGGGAGUUUCCAAGCGCGUUUUAGCGUUACUUGGGAAGAGAUGUGUCAGCAUCCAGGUGCUCUACAUAUCGCUUUUGGCGAGCCCGGCACAGAACAUGAAUUGCUGGUGACUGCUGCUUUGCUACCAACGGUGGCGGCGGCAGCAUUACAGUCCUCCAUUUCCGAAACCAAGCUGCUCCAUAUCACUCUCACACAUGCGCCAAUUCGCGUCAUAUCAGACGUCGACGACACGAUUAAAGUGGCUGGGGUAGUUGCUGGAGCUCGAGCCGUUUUCCACAACGUUUUUGUCAAGGAUUACAACGAUAUCAUCAUUCCAGGUAUGGGUGAGUGGUAUACGGGAAUGUGGAGACGAGGCGUGCGUUUUCAUUACGUUUCAAACGGGCCGUUCGAGCUUCUACCUGUGCUAUCCGACUUUUUCCAAGUCUCUCAGUUGCCACCAGGAUCAAUAAAACUUCGCUCAUAUGCCGGCCGUUCAUUGUUCAGUGGGCUGCUUUCCGCCCCUGCUGCACGAAAGCGGGCUGGCGUUCUCGAUAUCCUCCAGGCAUUCCCAGAGUCGCGCUUUUUCCUCAUUGGAGACUCCGGGGAACAAGAUCUGGAGCUUUAUACUGAUCUUGUUCGCGAGCGGCCAGACCAAGUAUUGGCCAUAUUCAUUCGCGAUGUUGACACCGGAGAUGUUAUCGAAGAUCCAAUUGGUUGGAAGGCGUCAGGCCUGGUUAAUCUCGACAACGAAAAUCCUCCAACGUUACAUGCCAGCCCUAGCCCACUAUAUAGUCUCCCCCCUUCCCCGACUGCGAACUCGCAUAAAGACUACUUUAGCGCAACGCCGCGCUCUUCUCAACCCGAUCCGGUCGUAGACAUGAACACUACGCCUCGACCAGCAACUCCACAAACAGCAAAUACUCGGUUUACACGCGCGAGAACAUUUACUAACAGCACAGUUUCAUCUACCUCAUCAUCUACCUCCUCCUCCGGUUCAUCAACUCAAAAACUGAUGCGCGAAACGGAGAAACGGCGGGACGAAUUGCAACUACGAAUUUGGAGAGCACGGACAGCGUUACCUUCCCACAUCAUGUUGAGUACCAAAUCACUCUCUACCAUGUCUACUGCCACCCUCCCGUCACCUAAACACCGCCGCAUAUUCAAACAUACCUCCCCGAUGAAGCUGAACAGAAACCGGGCGAGUUUCAGGGCUUCGGUUGGCUACGACGAGCAACAAUCGAGAAAAUCGUUCGGUGGCCUAUCUCCUGGGAAACGUCGAUUGCCUCCGCCUCAGGCUGAAAGCACUCCUCCCAGGAAGAAGGCUCGGUUGUCGAACGGUGUUUCAUCGACCAUCCAAGAGCAGCGACAGGAUCUACCUAUUGCUCGAGGCAGGGAAGCACUUGUACACGAAAUCUCUGCAAACGAGGUGACUAUUCUCAUUGGAGAGACUGGGUCUGGAAAAACCACGCAGGUUCCCCAGUAUUUGCUCGAUGCUGGCAUUUCCGGUGAAGGCACUAUUGGAAUAACACAACCUCGCAAGGUCGCGGCGACGUCGCUUGCUUCCAGAGUUUCGACAGAACAGGGAACACCUGUUGGAGGAAGAGUCGGAUAUGCUGUCCGGUUCGAAGAGAGGGUUGGGCCUGACACGCGCAUCAAGUACAUGACCGACGGUAUGCUCACGAGGGAGUUACUUGGCGAUCCGUUGUUGAGUCGGUAUUCGGUUAUCGUCGUCGAUGAGGCACACGAGCGGACGCUGCGGACGGACUUAUUACUGGCCAGUCUGAAGAAGAUACUAGGACAAAGGAACGGGAAGGAGAAGGAGAAGGGAAAAGGAAAGGAGAAAUACAAUCCUCUCAAGGUAGUCGUGAUGAGUGCGACGCUGGAGGCACAGAAGUUUAGUCGGUUCUUCAACAAUGCCAAAAUUCUCUACGUUAAAGGCCGACAACAUCCUGUUAAGAUUUAUCACACCGCUCACAGUCAAACGGACUACGUUGACGCUGCGAUGCGGACUUUUUUCCAAAUUCAUAUCGACCAGCCUGCAGGCGACGUUCUCAUCUUCCUUCCGGGCCAAGAAGACAUCGAAUCGCUGGAAAAGUCUCUCGAGAUGUUUGCCCGCCAACUCCCGGUCGAUUUUCCAUCAGUCAAAGUAGUGCCUAUGUUCGCUGCUUUGCAACCAUCCCAACAACAGGUGGUAUUUGCCCCUCCACCUAAAGGGUCACGCAAAUGUAUUCUGGCGACCAACAUCGCGGAAACAUCUAUUACCAUACCUGGGGUGCGAUAUGUCAUUGACACUGGAAAGAGUAAAGAGAAGCGAUAUCUUGCAGGCCCAACUGGAGGAGGCUUGGAUACACUUCUGACUCGCGACAUCACCAAAUCAAGCGCAACGCAGCGCGCGGGACGAGCGGGCCGUGAAGGGCCGGGUUUCUGCUACCGUUUGUACACCGAGGAAGCCUUCAAGAAGAUGGCAACAGCCCCGGAACCAGAAAUACUGCGCUGCAGUCUUUCACAAGCGAUCUUGCAACUGAUGUGUCUGGGCCAAGAUAUUCAACAACUCGAGCUAAUGGAUAGUCCUGACGAUGAUGCUAGUGAAUUUGACCCAACUUUUUUCCGUAUGACCGUACUAAUCAUCGGUGUAGUUAUUUCUGCUCUCAAGAGUCUCUUCUUGUUGGGUGCGAUAGACUCUAAACGCGAGCUCACGCCGCUUGGUCGUGCCAUGGCCAGUUUCCCACUCGAACCAAUUCACGCCCGCACGGUGAUUGCCUCGAAAGACCUUGACUGCACUGCCGAAGUUCUUGAUAUUGUGUCUGUUCUUGCUUCGAGCUCGAAACUUUUCGUUGACGUCACCGACAAACGCACCGAGAUCGCGGAUGCUCGCAGGAAACUUGUCCAUCCGACUGGAGAUCAUUUAACACUACUCAACACACUCAAAGCGUACCGAGCGGUUGGUAGUGAAGACCAAGAUGGCGACGACAUCGAAGACAAAUCCUUGGGAAAGGCAGGGCGCAACACUCGUAGAGAAUGGGCCAGACAGCAUUUUGUGAACGAACGAACUAUUCGGGAGGCAGCGAACAUACGGAACCAGCUUCGUAUCAGUUGUACGCGAGCGGGAAUUGACUGGAAGACGAGCUGUGGCGACAAGGAUGAACCAGUUCUUCUGGCUCUUACGCACGGGCUGGCCCAAAAUACCGCGUUAAUUACUCCGGACGGGACAUAUAAGCAAACAAUGGGCCAGCAAAUUGUGAAGAUUCAUCCUAGUUCGGUCAUGGCUGAUAAGAAGGUCCCUGCGAUUAUUUUUGACGAACUCGUGAGUGUUCACCUCUUCGCUUUUGCUGCCUCUCACACUUGGGAAUUAGGUAUAUACCAAUCAAAUCUACGCUCGUGGCGUCUCGUCGAUUCAGAAGAGCUUUCUGGCGUCAGUGGGCACGUUUAG